AUGGCACCUACGUGGGCUCACCUCAUCCAAUUCAUUGCCGAAGAGGAUGGACAAGUGCAUUUAGGGCAAGUGGACGAGACAGAAUUCCCUGAUGUGGGACUUGCCAUACUCAAUGGGGAGAGAGUGACCGCCAAGGAGAUCAAGGGCUCUAUCUUUGAUGGCGUGGUUCGAGACAAGGUUCCCAGCGUCGCUCGGAUCUUGGCUCCUAUCAGCAUGGAGGAAGUUCCCAUCAUUCGCUGCAUGGGGCUCAACUACCGCGAUCAUGCAUUGGAAGCCAAUAUGCCCAUCCCAGAUGUGCCUGUGCUUUUCAUCAAGCCACGCACCGCUCUGAAUGGCCCGUAUCCCGCGAGGAUCAACGUGCCAAAGAUCGCUCAGGAUGGGACAAGCGACUAUGAGGCCGAAUUGACCAUCAUCCUCUCCAAGGAUGGGAAAGACAUCCCCGAAGAAGACGCUAUGGAUUACGUGCUUGGUUAUACUUCCAGUAACGACGUCAGUGCGAGGGCUCAACAGUGGAAGAACAGCCAAUGGUCAUUCGCCAAAGGUACUUUAUUAAUUCUUCGAUGA